GCCGCCAGCUUCUUGCCGCCCGCAGCCGCCGCGCCAGCGGCCUGCUCGUACGUCCCCCCCGCCGCAGCCGCCGCGGCGGCCGUGCCCUCGUACACGCCGCCGUGCGGAGCCGGGUCCGCCAUCGCCGCCCCGGGGGCGCCGGGGGCGCGGCCUGCGCCGCCUCAGCGGCUUGCCGCGAGUCUGCCGGACCCUGACUCCAUUGACCAGCAGAGGAGCGAGUACGAGCGGGCGCUGCACUCGCAGCUGGAACACGGCGCGAG